AUCAAUUUUGGGCUUUUAGACAGGGACAAAAAGGGUCUCAAGCAUCCAAGGAUAAGGACCAUGGUGUACAAGAGUCAGGCACAACCCAGAAGGCACACAGGAGUGUAAAUAACACUAGGAUGCAGAUGUAAUGUUUAGAUUUAGUUUCUGAUUCAGUUUAAUUUGGUAAUAAACACUCAUUCCAGAGUUGGUGAUAGUAUUUGGUCUGAUUGUGGAAGACAACUUCUACGUGGAGCAAGAAAACAGAAAUGUGUAAUGAGCUAAGGAGGAGACAGAGAUGAAUAAUACAGGAUUCCUGCCUUCUAAUGGGUGAAAAGAGAGGAAAUAAGUCGUGCACAGUCCCUGCCAUUGACCAAAACCAACGAACACUGAGAGCAGGAAGCCCAGUUUAUGCAGUUCUUAGAGGUUGGGCCAGAGCGGGAUGGAGAAGGGGGACAGUGGAUCUGGAAUGUUCAGUGCAGUGAGCUUUGGCAAAUUUGGAGCCCAAAGUGACUGAGACCAUGGAGGUAGGAAAUUAUUCAGUGAUGCCUGAGAUUGUGUUGGUGGGACUCACCAGUUCUUUGGAGAUGCAACUAGUCCUCUUUGUAGUUUUCUCCAUGUUCUACAUAGCAAGUGUUUUAGGAAACCUUCUCAUUGUGCUCACAGUGAUCUCUGACUCCCAUUUACACUCUCCCAUGUACUUCCUGCUGGCCAACCUCUCCUUUAUUGAUGUGUGGGUUUCCUCCAUUGCAGCUCCCAAGUUGAUUUCUGAUCUCUUCAAGGAAAGAAAAGUGAUCUCUUUCCAAGGCUGCAUUGCUCAGAUGUUCUUCAUUCAUGUUAUUGGAGGAACUGAGAUGGUUCUGCUCAUUGCCAUGGCCUUUGACCGUUAUGUUGCUAUAUGUAGGCCUCUUCACUACCUGACCAUCAUGAACUUCAGAACUUGUAUUUUACUCUUGGUGGCUUCCUGGACCAUUGGAAUCAUACAUUCAUGGAUCCAACUUGUAUUUGUUGUAAACUUACCAUUCUGUGGCCCCAAUGAAGUAGAUAGCUUUUACUGUGAUCUCCCACGAUUUAUUAGGCUUGCCUGCACAGACACUUACAGAUUGGAGCUAAUGGUCACUGCCAAUAGUGGUUUUAUCUCUGUGGGAACUUUUCUCAUUUUGAUUAUCUCUUAUAUCUUCAUUUUGGUCACUGUUUGGCAACGUUCUUCUGGUGGCUUGUCCAAGGCCCUCUCUACAUUGUCAGCUCACAUCACAGUGGUGGUCUUAUUUUUUGGUCCAUGUAUUUUUGUAUACUCUUGGCCAUUUCCCACAGUGCCAGUGGAUAAAUUCCUUGCCAUUUUUGAUGUAUUUAUCACCCCAUUUUUGAACCCUGCCAUCUAUACUUUUAGGAACAGAGAGAUGAAGGUGGCAAUGGAGAAACUAUUCAGUCAGGUGUUGAGUUUCAGGAAGCUGUUUUAAGUGAUUUUGAUAUCAAGAAAGACAAGCAUCUCUGAUAUUUUCUGCCCAUACUACAGACAGGAACCAAUGAAACACAGCACCAAUGAUGCUUUACUUACUGGUUCAAUUACUAAUGUCCAAGAAUUUCUUAAUAUGUUUUCUGUCAUAUUCUGUCAUAACCAAGGAGGAUAUUGUAUUCUUCUUUCUUAUGCAGUGUGAUGGAAUAAAAAGUAUUAAUGUAAGCCUGUUUCCACAUUUUCUGAUCCCUUGUUGAUAAGAAGUUUCCAGACUGGUCUUUUAUAUCUCUUUUUCUACUCUGUUCUGAGGUGAGUUCUCCUUUGCCACAUUCACUUUUGGGGUUUUUGAUGCAGAAUCUGAAGAAAAGUGCUUUGAAAAUAUGAGAACAUUUUCAAUUAUUAUGGAUAGUUUUAUUUGAGGUUUAUAGUGAGACAUGUGGGAGUAGCUGCAAUGUAUGAAUAAAACAGAUAAGAGAUAAAAAGGGAAUUUUUAAGAGAUGUCUGUCUUUUACCUUUCAAUAAUAUAUUGCCCUUCAGUAAAUGAAAGCAAAGAGCUAAAGUUAUUUUUGAUUUAAAAAGAUCAUAACAUUAGCCUGAAAUUUAAUCACUCGGUUAUGGCCUCUUAAACAUUUCAGCUAGUGUAUGUGGUAACUAUGACUUAAGCCUUAUCACAUUACUCCAGUUUUUUCAAAAUUUGUGUUGCCCCUCAGGGGAUUUGAACAAUGUGGGCCAGGUAAUGAGCAAAGACAGUGACCUACUUAAUAAUUUUGUGCCAGCUAGUGCUAAUACUUGCCUUAAUCAUAUUGAAACCAGCACUGGUUCCAUAGAGUUAGGUCAAUUCUUUUCCCUUCCAGUAACAUGAUUAUAAGCACAGACCCUUGAGCCAGAUUGCCUGACAUGAAAUUUUAGCUUUGCUUUUUACUGACACACAAAUUGCUUAGCCUCUUUAUCCCUAAAUUCCAUCAUCUGUAAGAUGGAGAUAAAUUAAAUCACCUGAAAUGCAUGAUAUUUGACUGUUUUAACUUACAAAAAUGGCAGUUCCUUAUGGCUAGAUAUAUCUUUCUCAUAAGGUGUAAGGAAUAACUUAAUUUGUGUUUGUAAGUUGCUUUAAACAAUUCCUGGCCUAUAGUGUUACAUAAGUGCCUGUUCAACAAAAUGAAA